AAGCCCCGCCCCGCGCUGCCGAUCCUUCGCCUCCGUCGCCUCGCCUCCGCCUCUCCCUCACGAGGCUGCGGGUCACUGCGGCGGAACCCUCAGCCCAACCGCCGGCCCGGAGCCGUUCGCCCGCCGGCCUCGGAGCAGCCCUUCGCUCGGGCGAGGAGGAAGGCAGGCAGGCAGGCAGGCAGGAGGAGCAGGCGGCGGCGAGGGAGGCCGGCACUGGGCGGCGGAUUCGGCUCGACACCCACCCGCCACCAUGGGAAAUGAAGCAAGCUACCCACUGGAAAUGUGCUCGCACUUUGAUGCAGAUGAGAUCAAACGAUUGGGAAAGAGGUUUAAAAAGCUUGAUUUAGAUAAUUCUGGUUCUCUGAGUGUGGAAGAAUUCAUGUCUUUGCCUGAACUUCAACAGAAUCCACUGGUGCAACGAGUAAUAGAUAUAUUUGAUACAGAUGGAAAUGGAGAAGUGGACUUCAAAGAAUUUAUAGAAGGAGUCUCCCAGUUCAGUGUCAAAGGUGACAAGGAACAGAAGUUGAGGUUUGCUUUCCGCAUCUAUGACAUGGACAAAGACGGCUAUAUUUCCAAUGGGGAGCUCUUCCAAGUUUUGAAGAUGAUGGUUGGGAACAAUCUCAAAGAUACGCAGUUGCAGCAGAUUGUAGACAAAACCAUAAUAAAUGCAGAUAAAGAUGGCGACGGAAGAAUAUCCUUUGAGGAGUUCUGUGCUGUUGUAGGAGGCUUAGAUAUCCACAAAAAGAUGGUGGUAGAUGUGUGACUCUUUAGGACACCACCCAACACUUUUGCUUUCUUCUCCAUCUCUGAAGAUCUGCUCAAGACGUCCAGCAACGCUCUCUUGUGUAUUUAAAUGGAAGUAUUUUUCUCUGUGAAGCCACAUUUUCCAACAUGAGCCUCAUGAAGCCAACUAAGUGUUAUUGAACUUUUAUUCUCUCAAUAACUCAGUGUAGCACUUUAAAGUCUGAAGGACAGCAAGAUGGAAAGAGCAUAUCAGUGUGGUGAAGAAAGAGAAGGGGGUUGGCUUUUUAAUUUAUUUUUCUCAUCUUUUAUAACAAGGAAAUAUCUAUCUAUAUAUAUAUGUGUGUGUAUUUAUAUAUAGAUAUAUAUGUAGCUUUCUAUAUGUAGUAGCUAGGUGGGCUUUAAUUUAAUAUACUUGAUUCAGAAACAAAACUAGAGUACAAAGUGCCAAGCAGAGCCUAAACAGUUCAAUAUAUAUGGAUAUACAUCUUUACUUUUAUGUCACACAGUUUUAUAUAUAUAGUAGAAGAAUGUAAAGUUUUAAAUGGUUGUUAGAUGAACUCUUUCCUUUUUCCUGUGACUUAACUUCAGAUAUCUAUAUAUUGACUGGCUGAGAAAGCAUUGCUUCCUGUUAAUUUACCUUAAAUACAUUUUUGUAAGACAGGAAACUUAAUAUUUGUUUAUAUACCUGUUGAUAUAUUACCAGGGACUGCAUCUUUGCUUGAUAGCUUUCAGUGUAAUUCUACCUAAUAGUAUGCAAUUUAAUGUUAAUGCCAAGAACUAGUCCUUGUGUGCAGAUAGGAUUUACAAAAUGCUGAUGGCGAUUUCAUUCUUUCACUUAGUAAAUGGGUGCAGUUGGACAAAAAAUAGCCCUAAAAAAACCCAGCUGCCAUCCGUUAAGUGCAGAUAAAACAGUUGAAAGCAUUUGCAGUUGUUUCUCAGUGCUUACCUUAAUUAAGAAUUUAGGAUUAGCAAGGUGUAGGAUUCCCAUUGCUCAGUGAAACUGGUAAAAAAGCAAAGCAGAAACCUCACUUGCUAUCAAGUUAUGUUACAACCAUUAUAAAUUUCCCUUGUGCAUUUAAUGUAGUACCACAGGUUGCAUAAAUAAACUGGUAAUAUUUUAUAUAUGUGUAUAUAUGAUUAUAACAGAUAUUACGGGGGAAAUGUUAACCUAUGCCAUAGGGAAGGAGGAAAGUUUAACAUUAUCUAAAUUUCUGUGUCUUGUUCUUCUGCAGUUCUUGACUUGGCGAAUUUCUUUUUCUGGAUUUGUCCAUAUCAUGACUUGUAAUGGAUAGUAACUUGAUGUGUGAUAUAAAAGUAGGAAACCAUGUUCUAUACAACUUUUAUCAUCCUUUUCUGCAGUGGUACUAUUGGCUGGAAGAAAGACUUACAUUAGACUUUAUAAGAUAGUACACUCUUUCCUAUGUAGCAGGUUUUUAUUUUCUAUUUACAAAACGGGAUUUUUGUUGGCAAUGGGAAGGGCAGGUUUGUAUGAACGUCGGUCAGUGGCCUGCCUGCCAUAGCUGUUCCUUCAACUGAGUGCUGCACAUCAUGGGCUCCGUCUGUGAGAGAAACCUGGGUGCUUGGUGUCCUUGCAUGACAUGAAGUUUUGCAUGUAGAUCGAUUUGAAAUGUUCCUCUUGUUUACAUGAUUUGCAUAAUUUAAAAAGAUAAUGUUGCCAAACUUUGGUAAAUGUUAAACAGAGAAUCUCCACGACACGUAACUUCCUUCCUCUGGAUCAGGACGUGGCUUUGUAAUCCCAGCCAGUGGUUGUUCCUGUUCCAGUGUCAACUGCCAUGUGCUGUGCUUCAAGGGGGAACUAGUCUUUUGUGAAUUUUUUUUUGUACAUAAGUAUUUGUUACAAACAUUUUAGCAAAUGCUUUCUAUUUCUUAAUUGCUUGUGCAUAUCCUGGCUGGCGUAAUAGAAGAUAGUGCUAACAUUACUUUCUUAUUUGGGGGGGGAGGGGGGCGAGGGUGAGACUUUUUUUUAGAUUGUGUGUGGAAAAUGGGUUACGUUGAAUGUUUAGUUUUUCCUCUGCAUGCUAUAUCAUACAUGGUGGGAACUAUAGGAACCUUCAUACUGUAUGAAUAAAAAAAUAAAAAAUAUUUGAACUUUA